UCGACUCUGGAAAGGUCAGAAGCGAGCAUUUGUCAUUCUAAAUUUAGCUUUCUUGGUGAAAGUAAGUCAGUAAACGCUUUUCCACCUCUAUUUGCUUGCUCUUUUCCUGCGAUUCUAAGGGAUAUGCCUCGUCAACGGUCCGAGAGUCGAUCCGGUGGGUCACUGCGCCGUCAAAAUAGCCGAAGCAGUCAUGUCUUUGCCGCAAAGCCAUCCCGUGGCAGCAGCAAGGACCUGCCGGCGGUGCAGAAGCCCAAGAAGGAAUCGCUGCCAGCAGCAGCGACCCCUGCAGCUCCAGCUGCCGAGACCAAAGGAUCCACCACGGGGGAGCGGUUCAAGGACAUGGCCACCACGGCGGCCGGUGUGGCUGCCGGAUCCGCCGUGGGCCAUGCUGUGGGUGCAGGACUCACCGGGAUGUUCCAAGGACGUGGUCAGUCUGCACCGGCACAGGAGAAGUGUGAACAGCCACAGCAAGUAGCUGCAUCUUCGGCACCCAAGCCACUGCAACUGGUCGAGGAUGGUCCUUGUGCAUUCGAGCUGAGGCAGUUCCUCAAGUGCACCGAGGAGAACGGCAAUGACCUCUCCGUUUGCAAAGAGUUCAACGAAGCUAUGCAGCAGUGCCGCCGACGUUACAAUGUCUGAGGUCGAACAUAUAUACGAGCACCAGACCGGGAAGAGCAAAUAGAUAGGAACAAAAAUAAAUAUAAAAAUUAACGUUAUUGAGUACAAAUACAGGAAAACAAGGUCCACAUAUAAA